CAGCCACAGGCCAUGUAGUGGAGCUCCGAGCGAACCGAUGGUAGUGCAGUAUAAUCAAUCACCGGAAGCUUCGAACGGCCGCUGCUAUAAAACUUCGUUUAUACGCCUCUUGAGUUCAAAGCAUACACCGGGAGAAACGGCAAGAAGCGGACGGCAACAGAUGAGCUUAACCUGUUGGGCCACAGGGAAAGAGGGAGCAUACACCCCGAACAUAUCACCUGUCAAUCACAAGGCUACAAUGCAUCCAGGAAGUCUCCACAUUUUUCCACAUUUUUUAAAGAACCUCUCAAGCUCCAUCGGGUUAGAUGGGGAAUGUCGGUGCACAUCCAUUUUCAGAUCUCUCCAGAGAUGUUCAUUCGGGAUCAAGUCUGGGCACUGGCUGUGCCACUCAAAGACAAAGUGGUCCCAAAGCCAUUCCUUUGUUAUCUUGGCUGUGCUUAGAGUCGUCAUCCUGUUAGAAGGUCCAGAGGUCAGAGGUCCAGAGCACUCUGGAGCAGUCACAGCUGUGUGUCAGAGAUGCUACAGCUCCCCCUGGUGGUGACAGCCCAGGUAGACCUGCUUCUGGUGCUGGUCUCCUUGCUGGCCUUCUGGACCAGGCUGAGCCAUCUUAAUUAUCCCAAUGCUGUGGUGUUUGAUGAGGUGUAUUAUGGUCAGUUUGUGUCUCUCUACAUGAAGAGGGUUUUCUUCAUUGAUGACAGCGGACCACCUCUCGGUCAUAUGAUCCUGGCCUUUGGAGCGUACCUGGGAGGUUUUGAUGGGAACUUUGUGUGGAACAGAAUUGGAGCAGAGUAUCCUAGCACGGUGAAUGUGUGGAGUCUGAGGCUUCUGCCGGCCCUUUGUGGAGCUCUCUGUGUUCCUCUGGUCUACUUGUUGACUUUAGAGUUGAAGUUCUCCCACCUGUCUGCUCUGGGAGCUGCAGUGCUGUUGCUGCUGGAGAACUCUCUGAUUGUCCAAUCACGUUUCAUGUUACUUGAGUCUGUCCUCAUCUUCUUCGUGCUCCUGGCUUUCUUCUCAUACCUGCGCUUCCACAAUGCACCCAGCAGCUCCUGGUCCAGAUACAGUUGGCUGAUUCUCUCUGGUGUCUCCUGCGGUGCGGCUGUAGGGGUGAAGUACAUGGGUCUGUUCUCAUAUCUGCUGCUGCUGGUCGUGGCUUCUCUGCACACCUGGAAGCUUAUUGGAGACAAAACUAUCAGUCAUAUGAAUGUGUGUGUGCAAAGUGUACAUAGAGUUCUGUGUCUGGUGGUGGUUCCAGUCCUGCUCUAUGUGUUCUGGUUCUACGUUCACCUGAGUUUCCUGAACCGCAGCGGACCACAUGACCAGCUGAUGAGUUCUGCUUUCCAGGCCAGCCUGCAGGGCGGUCUCUCCAGGAUCACUCGGGGUCAGCCUCUAGAAGUGGCUUAUGGGAGUCAGGUGACUUUGAGAAGCUCUGUCUCCCAGCCAAUUCCCUGCUGGCUCCAUUCUCACAAAGUCAACUAUCCAAUCAGGUAUGACAAUGGGCGGGGCAGCUCUCACCAGCAGCAGGUCACCUGUUAUCCCUUCAAAGAUGUCAACAACUGGUGGAUCAUCAAAGAUCCGGGCAGGCAGAAGCUGGUGGUCGACACUCCUCCUCGACCUGUCCGUCACGGUGAUGUCAUCCAGCUGGUUCAUGGGAUGACGUCACGUUUUCUUAACAGUCAUGACGUAGCAGCUCCAAUGAGCCCUCACACUCAGGAAGUCUCUGGAUACAUAGACUUCAAUGUGUCUAUGCCGGCACAGAACCUGUGGAGGGUGGACAUUUCAAACAGGGAGGCAGAGUCAGAGGUGUGGAAGACCAUCCUAUCUGAAGUCCGACUCAUUCAUGUCAACACUUCAGCUGUCCUCAAGCUGAGUGGUGUGUCCCUUCCAGACUGGGGUUUCCGUCAGUUGGAGGUUGUAGCAGACAAACUGUUCAAAGCUCACAGCAGCAGUUUGGAAUGGACAGUGGAGGAGCACCGCUAUGGAACCAGUCAGGAGCAGAAGGAACGGGAGGCAGAGCUUCACUCUCCAACUCAUAUCGACGUUGAUAGAAAAAUUUCUUUCUGGGCAAAAUUUGUUGAACUGCAAUGGAAGAUGCUGACAGUAAAACAGGAAGAGUCGGAGCACAAAUACAGUUCCUCCCCAUUAGAGUGGAUCACCAUGGAGACCAACAUUGCAUACUGGCUGCACUCCUCCACCAAUGCUCAGAUCCAUCUAAUUGGUAACCCGGUGUCAUGGGGUGUGGCCAAUCUCAGCCUGCUGGCCUAUCAGCUGCUGGCAGUUGUCUACUUGUUGAGGAGGAGGCGAGGCUUGAAAGAUGUACCUGAUGGUGUGUGGGACCAGUUUGUGUGUCUGGGAUGUGUGUGCGUUGGCGGCUGGUUGGUGAACUUUGUUCCCUUCCUGCUUAUGGACAAAACUCUUUUCCUGUAUCACUACCUGCCAGCACUCUGCUACUUGUACCUACUAAGUCCAGCUCUGUUGGAGCAUGCACACACUCACCUGCUCAGCAGCGUGACACAUCAGCGUGCAUUGUGUGUGGGUGCAUUGGCUGUGUUGCUGUCAAUCUUCCUGACCUACCGCACCUUCUGUCCCCUAACCUAUGGAAGCCCUGAACUGUCAGCCCACCAGCUGCAAGGACUGAAGUGGAGGGACACCUGGGACAUCCUGUACCGACGUCGGUAGAAGGAUUAUGACCCACAUGGAGAGGAGUUUAUGAGUUGAACAGAAGAUGAACAUAUAUUCGGCUUGAGGUCAUCAGAGGAGGAGCUUCAGUUCUCAGACCUCUGACGCACCAACCCCUGAUGAUAAACUAGUGAUGACUGACGUUGACCGAAGGCUGAACACAAAAUGAAAGAUGAACAAAACAAUGAUGUGCCCUCAUUCUUUUUGUGUUUACACUGGAAAAGUGGAAUCGGUGGCUAUGAACUGGAUUUUACUUUUUCUUCAAAGAAACUAUAUUUUUUAGGACUUAAAAAAUAAUUUAGAAAAAAAAUAGAUUAACAAUGAGACUAAAGAAAGUGUUGCACAAUAGGAUUUUUCAUGUAAACAAGUUGAAGCUUAGUUUACAUCAGAGUAAAGAAAAAAAAUAAAGAAAAUGUGGUAAAAUAUGAA